UGACCCCCUCGCCCGACUGACCCGGACCGAGAAGUUGGGCCGUUCAGACCGACCAGCAGCCGGCAAGCCGCUCGCUUCCAGGACGCCGGAGAAGGGAAGCCCGUCGCAGCAACAGCGCAAGAGCCAGCCCUGCCGAAAGGACAGCCAUGCAGCCACCGGCCGCGGUCCCGCAGUGAUUUUUGGAGACUCGCUUGCGCACCUUUGCAGCCGCGCGCGCCCGCGCUUCGCUGCCAGUGUGAACCCUUGGUUUCCGCCGCACUUCGGGACGCCCUCUCCGCUCGAGAAGACCCGCACGUCGUGGUUUCUUUUUGGGUGCUUCACACUCGUGUGCGCGGGGCAGAGCGACAGGUUCUGGGGGUUCCUGUCGGCGACCGGUGUGUGUGCCUUUUUCGUUUCCUUUCGCGGCGUUUCUGCCCGUUCCGUCGACGCCCGAAGGAUUUUUGCCGCAGUGCUUCUUUUACUCCCCCGGACGACCACCGCAGCCGCCAGCAACCAUGUCUUUCUGGACCAUGUCGCUGGAGAACGUCAACGAAGCGGCGACGGUGCAUACCUGUCCCGACGAGGACGCAGAGGUGUUCGAGGAUGCACUUGACGUGUCCAGUCCAAGGAUCGAGACGCGGCCUGCGGACACCGUGAACGUGGAGCGAGCGGCCGAGGAGGCGACUCGCGCCCUCGACCUGCUGCUGAGCAACCAAUUCGGGGAGGCGCUCAAGCGCAUGAAGCCCAAGGCCCACGAAAGCAUGUACCAUGCACUGGGGCAGUCCACCAUCAUGUUCAUGCAGGCUGUGCUCACCAUAGACAUGAGCGACAUCAAGAGUGCGCAGGAAGCGAUACGGCAGGGCGUCGAAGUGUGCAACCGGAUGCGCCGCAGAACCUCGGCCGUGGCGCGGAUGCUGCUCCGGCCGGACUACAACACCUACACCAUGCAGGAAAUCCACGCGGAACUGUGCUACGCCGAGUGCCUUCUGGAGAACGCCAUCCUGACCUUCGUCGAAGAUCAGAGCCUGGUGACCUUCAUCAAGGGAGGACUCAAGAUCCGGUCUUGUUACCAGUCUUACAAGGAAUGUAUGCAAAUGCUGGCAACAAGGAACUGGGAGAGUUCGAAGGAAAAGGAACACUUUGAGAGUGGUGUCCACUUGGGCGUUGGUGCAUUUAACCUGCUGAUCUCUCAACUUCCAUCGCGGAUCUUGAAGCUCCUGGAAUUCAUAGGAUUCUCCGGAAACAAGGUGCUGGGAUUGCGAGAACUAGAAGAAGGCUGCAUGAUGCAAGACUACCUCCGUGGGCCUCUGUGCAGUAUUGUGCUUGUGGCAUAUCACACGUUUGUCCUCUACAUCCUGGGACUUGGUGACGGAGAUCUAGAACUUUCGGAAAGGCUAGUGAAAGGCCUUUUAAGUAAAUAUCCAAAGGGUGUGCUCAGUUUGUUUUUCAAUGCAAGGAUGCAUCAGGUCAAGGGUCAGAUAGAAAAUGGAAUAAACCAGUAUUAUGAAGCAAUUGAGGCACAGAAUGAGUGGAUUCCUUUCCAUUAUAUUUGCUACUGGGAACUACUUUGGUGCCAUUGCUUUAGAUGUGACUGGGACCGAGCCAUUGAGACUGCCGACAUCCUGCGCAAGGGCUGCCGGUGGUCAAAGGCCACCUAUGUCUACAUCCAGGCUUCCUGCCUGUAUGCUAAGUACAGGGAUGGCAGCACCGAGUUCAUGGAAGAGAUUGUUAACCUCCUCAGGCAAGUUCCUGGGCUCAAGCAGAAAAUUGCUGGCAAAUCCAUUCCCAUCGAGAAAUUUGUAGUGAAAAAGUCUCAAAAGUUCUUCGACAAUGGCCAGCGGCUCACUCUGCCUGUUGUGGAAAUUAUGUACAUGUGGAACAGCUUCCCCAUGAUUGGGCGCAAUGAGAAGCUUCUGCUCCAGAUCUUAGGACUCGUUGAAAAUGCUCUGCCCGAGGUCUCCAGGGAAAAAGAAAUGGAUGAAAGGUACGUCGACGACUACUGCCUCGCAAUGCUGCUGAAGGGCGUCUGCAUGCGUUAUAUGGGCCACCCGCUGCAAUCUGAGGAAUGCUUCCUGGAAGUUUUCAAAUAUCAGGACCAGAUCCUGGAGGACACGUACCUGCUGCCUUUUGCUGCUGCUGAGCUGGGCUUCCUCUUUAUGCAGCAGCAGCAGUAUACUAAGGCCAAGGAAUGGCUGGACCAGGCCAGGAACAACUACCGUGACUACUUGCUCGAGUCUCUGGUACAUUUCCGGAUUCACUCGGCACUCAAGUCGCUCCGCACCGGAGGCCACCUGUCGCCCCGAUCUGACCCGACAACGCCGUCGCCCACAAACUCUCCGUUUCCUUCGCCCUUGAACACGCCAACGCACGGCGUAAUGGUCAACGGCUUUCCUUUCCUGAGCACCAGCCCGGGUAUCACAAAGAAAGUGAUGCACCCGCCCAUUCCGAACGCUGGCGAGGAAGGCAUCGUGGGUGCCGACUGAGUCUCCGAUCAUUCCCGAGGGAGAAACAACAUCCCCAAGCACAUGCGACUGCGCACCAAGAUCCCGCAUUUUUGGCCAGUCAAGAGCUUGUUGCAAAGGCACCUUUGUUUUUAUCUUAUUCUUUCUUCAGCUUGAUGGGCUCGUGCAAGAUCCAGCUCAAAGGUUGAGCCUCGAGACAAAGGCAAAGAGUGUGAUGGCUAACUGGUCGUCGCGGAUACAAACUUGGGUCACCGCAAUCAUUCCGGCUCUGUGAUCAGAGUGUUGGCACUCGUGUUAUUCUUCUUCUGUCAUUGUUCACACGUUACGCAUACGCUUGCGUGCCCCCCCCCCCCCCCCUUCCGUUCGCGUCAGCGCUGCUAUUGUGGGACAGCAGGCAAACUGUUGUGCCUGGCAAGCGUGCACACUUUUAGAGUCGUACUUUCGUUUUUGUGUGAUGGCCAUUGCUUUUCACUGGCACCAAGAGUUGGCGCAUGCAACUAGCUGCGAGAAGUGUAGAAUGCAUGCUCCCUGUAGUGAGAAAAAAAAAAAAGCAAAGGAAAUGUCUUGAGGUAGUUGUGUUCAGUGGCCAUUCUCCGUGAACAAAUGCUCUCAUGCUGUCUCGUCUUGGGACUAACAUUUAUUAAAAGUGUCAGCUCAGCUAGGCUACUAGUACUGCUGGCUUUAGCCACACUGGUAAUAGGCUGCAGACUGUUACACUAGCCAGCUGUUGAUUCAUGUAUUAUAACACUUAUGUGGCACCUUAAAGCUUUGUUCUUGCAGUGUCGCAGCACUCGUUGGCAUCGUAAUGUCAGACAAAACGUUCAGUAAGGGUUCGUUUGGGCUCAAAGCUGUAGUGAACCGAAGUAGGAAGAAUAAGAGCAAAAAAUGAGCAUCUUGCAUUUUAUUCUGGCACUCAAACAUGUUACGUGUCAAGGGUGUUUUUUUUUUCUUCCUGCGAGAGGUACCUCAGUUUUGUGCAUUAUCACUUCCCUGUGCCCCAAGCAAUCCUAGCUUUGCGUGUGCCUGUCACAAACAAUGCAAUUUGACAAAUGUUCAUUAGAUCCUUCAAGAAGGCUGUUGCUCUUGCAACUUAGGCACGCACAAAUCAGAAUGCACACAACACAACUUAUGUUCUUUAUGCAUGCAUACUGUCUCAUGGUCCCUGUCAAUGAGUGAAAAAAAGUAAAGUAGUUCAUAGUCUUGCUUAUCAAUGUUAAACCAAGGCCUAAGUGGAUGUUUGUUUUUUCUCACUAUUGAUGUGUAGCUUGCAUCUUCAUUAUCUUCAGCUGCACUUGAAAAUGUGGCUUCAACAAAACUAAUUGUUUUUUAUGUGCAGUUAAAUAAAGCGUACAAAAACUAAAAUUUCGGAUGGCAUGCACAGAUCAGCUUCUGGAGGGAUCAAGCCAGGGUAAGCAUUUUGCUAGACAUUCUGCACAACAGCGCACUCUCAAGAUUGUUCAAGGCUCUACUUUUUUAAAAAUUGGUUUUACGUUAGCACCAGAGAUGGGACAUGUGACGUAAUGCUGUGCUGAUGUCAGAAUCCAUACACUCAAGGAAGUCACUCCACUUAAAAUGUGUUUUCUUCUCGCAACUUCAUUUGAUCAGCGCUUGUACAUUUGUGGGCAGACGUUAGCGGACCAUAGAUUCCUUGGACAGGCUGUAUUAACUCGCACUUUAAGCUUGAAAAGUGGAUUUCUCGAGUGCAGUGAGAAGGCUCAGCACGCAGACAUUGUAUUGCACUGGUCAGUUUCAGACAGCAAAGAUAGUCUUUCAUCCAACCUGUGGUACGCAAACCUUUGUCUCUGACUGUACAGGAGAAAAGCCACUUAAUUUACUUUGGAGGGCACGAACCUUGCUGCCAAGGCAGCCAGGAGGUGUUUGUUUCCCCCCCCCCCCCCCCAUUUUGUGUACAUUCUUGUGAUACAUUCCGUUGAAUAUAGAUGAGAUUUACUGUACGAAAAGAGAGAUAUAUGUGUAGUUCAAGUUUGUCGGCCAGUCUUACAAGCAUGCUUAUAUCUCUAGCCAAUAAAACCAGAACUCUAAA